AUGCCCCGUUUCUUGAACAACCCCUCAACUUCGAAUGAAACUCUUCCCACUCAAAUUGCCACGGCAACUACCAAUUCGUCAUCGGAUACACCUUCUGAAAACGUCAAUUCAGCUGCAAAUGAAGUUCACGAAAAAUCAAGCAAUUCAGAAAUAGGCGCCGAAAAGAACGACGGAUGUGCUUCAUGCUCGAUGCAUUUUUCUCCUGCUACGCUUACGCGUCUGCUGGACACCACCGUCACAGGGAAGCAGAUUUUACAAAGAGGAUCGUUGGGCCUAUUGUCGAAGGACAGCCAAAAGGAACUUGUGGCGAUUGUGGCAGACUAUCAUUGUCAGCGAGGAGCCGAGACGAACGAGCGAGUCCUCGAGGAAUACGUCAACUCCAUCACAGCCUUGUUUAAAGGCGAAACCAAACGAAAGUGGAAAGAAGAGGAACACUUAAACGAGAGCCAGAGUAAUUCACUUUCAUCGACUGACGUCAUUACCAAGGAGGCGAAGGAAGCAGCUGUGUGGCUCCAACAAAACGAAAAGCCUUGGUUUGCCACACUUGAUAAGUGGACCUAUUCAUUUCCGCUGCGAAAAUCGAUGCUAAGAAAGUCCGACCAGCAAACAACACUUUUUCAGGAAUACCACCAUUAUAAUGACGAAUUCGGCUACCAACUAGUCGACAUUGAUUUUCACUUGUUAAGCAUUGGUAACAGGGAAGGCUGGAAGAAGUGGGAGUUAUUACUUCCUAAAAUUAUCAAGUAUAUUGAUAGGCCAUACAAGGAAGAGCCCUCGAAAUCUGCGUUGAAACUUCUGAAGUCAUCUAACGUGAGUCAGUGUCAACAAAUCUGUUGUGUACUGCUUCUGUUGAACAACCAUCUAAGACCAACAAAAGUAACACGAACAUUCAAACCAUCGGUCUUAUUUGCACAAGAGGAGAUCAUUUCAUUUGCAGAGACGGAUGAGCAAGUCUACGAAAAAGUGAAAGCGCUAAAUGCCAUAAAUUCACGCUACGGAAUUCCUUCGAUAGCACGUAUCGUAGUACGAGGCAAAGACUUAACUUUGUUGGCUGGGAUAUUUGAAGUUCAUUACAACGAGACGAUUUACAAGCUUGAUUCUGCAGCGAAGGCGAUCGACGUGUUGGUGAAGUUGAACAGUGUCCUCGGACUGCCUUUUUCGCGGAUUUCCGGGUUGGUGUGGAACUUCAUCUGUUCAUUUGUAUACGAUCUACAAAUUCCUGAACAAUACGAGUCCAUCAUUAAGAUCAAACGCUAUUUGGAUUCGCAGUGA